GAACGGAACGCAGUAUUCUCGCUGACACGUAGGACAGAAGUCGAGCGUGUAUUUAGUGUCCGCGCGACACUUUAACAAACUCGUCGACGACAUUACGAACGCGUAAAGUUUCGCGGUAGUCCGAAACCGCAUAACUCAAGACUUGUACCUUACUCCGCCGACUUCGAGUGCAUAUAAUAAUAUUUUAGUUAAUAUUCACAGUUAUCGGGAAAUUUUUUUUUAUAUUUUUACUGGAUCAUUUUUCUUUUUUUCUUUUUUGCAAUUGGAUAACACCACUUUUCGUCAAGGCAGAAGAUCAAAAUAUCAUACUGAAUCUAUUACAUAUGCGUUGUGGGACUUACAACAUCGAUCAGACUAACUGGUGACUGCAGAAUAAUCGAUACUAAUCAAUUCCAGUAAAUCAAAAAUUAAGUCAAAUAUCCAACGAGAAGAUAAAAUGCGACCUCUAUAGGAGGGUUAACGGGCAGUGAUGCUGUUUUUCACAUUUAUUGUCUGUGCAAUAGCCAUCAACAAUGUUGCUUCAAAAAUAGGAUACUUUUGGCACAUCACCGAUAUACACUAUGACGCGAAUUACGCAGCGACUACCGAUUACGCACAAAGUUGCAAGCGGUCGGCGGUCGAUCCAGAACUUUUGGUCAUGGAACGGCCCAGUCUACCGUCCGGCGGCGGUAGACUGGGCGAUUACGGGUGCGAUUCGCCGUGGUCGCUGGUCCAGUCCGCUGUGAAGGCAAUGAAGGAGAAGCACGGGGACAACAUCGAAUUCGUGCUGUGGUCCGGAGAUUCCGUGUCGUCAGAUGUGGUGGAUAUGCAUACCCGAGUUAUGGCCAUCCAAAAUGUUACCAACCUCCUCAUUCACACGUUUAGCAGCCAGUUUGUAUUCCCGGUGCUGGGUCACGACGACCCAGGUGCCUUGAAGAACCAGUUGAUAGACUACACAAGUCUGGGGCACUAUUGGCGUCAGUGGUUGCCCACCGAUGCCAUACAGACGUUCAACAAAGGAGGUUAUUAUACAAUCGAGCAAAAAGGAAAUAAACUUAGAAUAAUCGCACUCAAUUCAAAUGCAUUUUCCACCGUAGAAAGGCAGCGGAACGUGGUCAACCCAAUAGAACAGCUCGAAUGGUUGGAAAAAAUCUUAAUGAAAUCAGUCAUGAACAAAGAAACAGUGUAUCUGGUGAGCCAUAUGUGCCCGGGAGCCAACGAAAGAGACCAGGACGAGGCACCUACGUUCAAAGACGAUUACAGUGCAAACUAUUUGGAAAUGAUCCGGAAGUUUGCAAACAUUAUUGUUGGACAGUUUUGCGGUCAUCUGCACUCCGACACGUUCCGAAUCGUCUACGACCAUAACAAAAAACCAGUGUCGUGGAUGAUGGUAGCGCCGUCAUUGACGCCUAACAAGUCUCCCGGCGUGUCCAACAAUCCUGGCUUGAGACUAUACAAAUUCAACACAAACACGGGCCAUAUUAUAGACUACACACAGUACUAUAUCGAUCUGGAGUCUUCGCCUAACGGCGACCCGGACGACUGGAGAAUCGAGUACAACCUAACGCACUACUACGGACUCCACGAAAUCACACCUAGAUCUCUGCACGCGAUCGCCGAAACAUUUCAGGACGACGAGUCGGUGCAGUUCGACAGAUAUAUAGAAGCCAACUCGGUGCGACAGUUGAAACCCAAGGAUUGCAAUUUGGAAUGCAGGCGAGCGCAUUAUUGUGCCGUCACCGAGCUCGACUACAGUCGGUUUCACAGCUGCGUGGAGACGGCCGCUGAGGCACUUUCCGGGUCGGUUCAUCCUAGGAGCAGUAAAGCUCUUUUCAUAGUAGCCGUCCUACUGGCCGUUGCGAUGCUGACGCAGCACUGCCACCAUUAGCCACUGCUGACGCCGCCGACAAACGCAAACAACGUCUUCAGAGACGUCUACUCACGAAAACGUAAAAUAAUACUUCAACGACAGUAAAGGUCGACUCAACGUUUUUCUCUAUACCUUUUUUUUUCUAUAUAUAUAUAUUCAUAUAUAUUAAGCUCUCUUUCUUUCUCUUUCUCUCUCUCGCUCUACUUGUCUCGAUCUCUCAGUUACAAAUCUCUGUGUGUAUAUAAAAUAUUUAAAAAAAAAAAAAUCGCGUCAGACGUGUCACCACUACCGUCAUCGAAAUCACUUCUCGGCGAUUAAUAAAAUAAAUAUAUAUAAAUAUAAUACGACAAUAUUCUAUAAUGCAUUACUAUAUAAUAUACGCCUCUCUCGCCUUCUCCCCCCCUCCCCCGACAACCAAAGACUUCAAACGCUCGUCUGUUACCGCCACAGGGUUGAACGGCACGCGAGACAACGGAACGAGAGCAAUUUUUUUCCCCCAUCGUACUACGACGACGCCGAGUUUGAUUUAUUCCACGUCCAUAUCUGUUGGUUUUUACGUUUGCAGCUGGAACACCUCUAUACGACUAGGAAAGUUUAUUAUUAUUAUUUUUUUUCCCAUGUCGAACCCGCCAGUUUUUUUCCUCUCGACUAGACGUCUUGGAUCGUAUAUUUUACCUCCACGCAGAUCAGCACACUGCGAUAAUUUAUUAUUUUUACAUCCGUUAACGAGAAAAUAUUGUGCUCAUCCUAUAUAUAUAUACGUGUAUGUAUAGAGAGAGCCUAUGUAUGUAAUAUAUAUGCGUUAUAUUAUGCGGUUCAGGGCGAUUUUUUUUCCCGCACCGAUCAAUCUGCUUGAGAUAUUUUACCCUGUCCAUUUAUAGACCAUUAUAAUAAUGUACUGCAAAAUUUUCAUACUACGUUUUAUUUUCUAUUGAUGUAGCGGUCGUUAAAUAAUAUUAAGAUUUCCUAGUACGUAUAUUAUAUUCGGAUACCUUACGGAUACCUACGUGAAAUGACAUUGUGUGAAGCACACUAUUAAACGAAUCCAAUUUUCGUUUAUACCGUAUUUGGUAAGUACAUGACGUAUGUGCAAUUCUAUUUUUAAAAAUUAAUAUAAUUUAAUCUGUCGUUUCGGAAAAACAAAAUAUAUUUUAUUGUCGUACGAUUGCGUGAUUAAAACACUCAAAAAUAACUUUCUAUUGGUCAGAAUUAAAAUAACCUAUUACAAUACAAUAAUAUUAUCACAGAAUAAAUAACAUAUUUUUCAUCUAUUCUAUGAUAAUAUUAACAAAAUAACCAUUGUAUUUAUUAAUAAUGACAUAGGCCAUAAUUUGUAUAAAAAAAAAUAUUUAUAAAUAUAUAUAUAAUAGCUAAUCUCAAUAGUCUUAUGCGCUAUUUUUUACUUAUGAUAAUGCCAAUACCCUAAUGGAGAAGAUGCUAUAAUAAUAAAAUACACUAAACAAAAAAAUUAAAAAUGAUUGAAACGAUCUAUCAAAUUACAUUAUCUGAUCAAACAUGAUUUCAGAAUCGCUGAUAAAAUAUGUAAUAAUUAUAUAAUAUGAUAUCUACACAAAAAAAAAAAAUGAAUAUCCCAUCGAAAAAGUUCGUGUUUAAUUUUGUUUGUGAAAUAUUUACAAAGAUUGAUAAAUAAAUUAUACUUAAAUAUAUUUCAUUCGAUUUCAGUAAAAUAAAAUUUUCUCUCAGGAGUAUACAAUUAACUCUAUAAGACUCUUUUGAAAACUCAGCUAAGAGAAAACAAACACGGCAAUAGAAUAAAUGAUACAAUUCAAAUACAACUUGUUAACACGUAAUUCGUACAUUAUUCAAACUGAGAGAUGUACAAAACUAAUCACAAAGUUUAAAAACAAGCAACAGCUAACUCGUUUACGAUAUAUUUUUCUUAAUUAAUUAGCGUACCGUAAGAACGGUGGUAAUAGAAACAACAAUAAUAAUAAUAAUAACAGUAAUAACGACAAUAUUUUUAAAAUAUAUUUACGGUAAACGCAUUUUCUACUUUGUACAAUAAUGUUAACUCUAUUGAAUUCGAUGGUAUAAUACGAUAGUAAUACUAUUUUAAUACUAUAGUGAUUUCGUCAAAGGCUAUGGAUAUUAUAUUCUUAAAACUAUUUGUGUUUAACGGUUCACACAUUUUUUUAUCAAAAUAUUAUUACUUAGAAUUUAUAAAAUAUAAACUGUAUCGUAUUAUAGUGAGAUAACAGUCGAUGAAAAAAAAAAAAUUAGCAUAUUUCAUUAUUAUGAGUUGUAAUUAGAAUAUCACAUCGAUUGUACGGUAUGGUAAUGUUGUCGUUCAUAGCAGCUAUAGUUUUUGAACAUAGGCUUAAUCGGUUUUGAUUAAUUAAUGAGCGUAUAAUUAUAAUGAUAUAACAUAAUUACGUUAGAGACGCAUUGAUGUGUGAAAAAAGCACUACAUAAUAGUUAUUAUAGACUGAAAUAUUAACGUGCGAUUCCAGUAUGAGGGUGAAUGGGCACAACGGCUUUUAAUUAAAAUGAUAUUAUUAUUCACCAUAACAUUAAUUUAGUUGUCCAGAAUAUAAUAUCGAUAUUUCAACUCGACAUCGAUACGCAUGUUUGAACUGUUAGGUAUAUGUUUUAUGUUUCGGGCAAUCAUGCAAUACGCGAAUAUCAUUCGAUCUACAACACGAAUAUUAUUAAAAAAAUGUCAUUGAGAAUAAAUUAAAAUUAAAAUCUGCAAGUUUAAUGUAUCUACCGAAUUCUCUUGCUACGAUGUUUGGCUGAAAUAAAUAAAUAUCACUGAAUCGAACUUGUAUAUUGUAUUAUUAAAAUAUCAUAGUCACUUACACUAGACACCUGUACAGGAUAAAGAAUGAAAAAAAAAAUCAAUAAAUAGUCGAUCCGCGUCGUGUCACGGGGAUGGAUGGGCGCGAAACAAAAAAUAUAUUAUUUUAAUAUUAUGGAUCAACCCAGCCGACGGGAAAUUUCCGGCUGCGUUACUGCUACGCUCCGUCAGUGCUUGUUGGUAUAAUUCGACAGGACAAGGCGCCUGCGCGCAUUAUCGUUUUACUCAAAACUUUAUAGAUAAUACCUACCCAGCUUAUAUGUAUGCCUUGUAUAAUAAUAUCUCGCUACAUACCUAUCUCCAGACACGAUUUGUGACCAAAAUGCGGACGUCCAUACCAUAAAAAACAAUUUGAUCUUAGCAAUACCGCUAUCGCUAUUACUGUUGUUAUUAUUAUUAUUAUUAUUAUUAUUAUUAUUAUCACCAUCGUUGCACCACCCGAUAUACGACUAUCGGGUGGGUGUGUGGGUGUGGGUGUGAGUGUGGGUGUGUGUACACCCGUGAGAAUAACGCACGAAUACACUACAUUAUUGCUCGACGUACUAUAAUACACAAGUACAUAAUAUUGUUAUUAUUACGUACGUCGUAAAUUCGAAUCUACGCGGAGUCGUCGGGGAUUACCGUCGUUUUUCAAUGCCCACUGUCUCGUCCCUCACUACUAUCUCUCUGCCCUCUCACGUCCUGUCCCUCUCGCACAUCGCGAUUCGGUACAUUUAACGUAAUAUUUCUACGGAUGAUUUUACGUGUACUUACGCGCAAACAUACGCAAAAACGUAUGAUAUAAUAUUAUGCGUGUGCGUCAGAUGUACGAUCGUCGAGCGCAGAGAGGUUAUUUUAAAUUGUACAGAGCGAUUGCCGUGACGCGAAUCGGUUCUGACACAACGCAGAAUUCAAUUGUGUAAUAUUAUACAGACCCGUCUCUUCCGCACACGAAUGUUUUAAGGAUAAAGUCUUCACGCCCACUGAUAAUAUUGUCCUUCGAUAUUACUCAUAAUUAUAUUUCAGCGAUCACUAGUGCGGAACGAUUAUUAUUAUUGUUGUUAUUAGCGAUGAAACAGAUUCUAAUAAUAUUUAAAUAUUCGAUAAAGUUACCUACCAACCAUUUGAAAGCCCAUAUUUGCGGGCGAAAAGUGGUAGCCCAGACAACGCGGCCACUUUGAGACUUGUCUGUAAAAUUCCAAGUUGUAUAAUGUACAUACAUAUGUGUGAUAUAAAAUCUUAACUAUUUAAUCGUCUGCAGUGAGAGGUUGCGUCGAUCGAUUCGCAUCGAAACAAUCGGAUUGUUAUGUCAUAUUAUAUCGUGGAAUAUACAUAACAUUUUUAUAACAAUUAAACAAUCGGUGUUUGAACUGAAAAUGUAAAUUACUUAUUUAGAAAAAUGUUAUUAUUUUUUUUUUUUUUUUUAUUUUAC